AUAUUAAUAUUUACUUUGGUUGUAAUAUUUUCGUUAAAUAUCGUGAUCACUUUUUAAGAUAUUUCUAGUCUAUGAAGUGUGUAGAGCUAUUUUAGUUCUAAAAAAAAAAAGAGAGAGCAAUGGCUGCUGUCAAAACAGAUCCCUGUAAAGAAACUAGCAAAGAUGACGACUCUUUGAAUACAGGUGUUAUUGAUGAACUGAUAAGUCAGUCUGAAAAUGGAGAAUUAACAAAAAAGAAGAAGAAACGCAAGAAGAAGAAAAAUAAUAAUAUAAGUAAUGGGGAAACUAAUGAAGAAGAAAAUCCUACUAAAAGUGGAGAUGUUGAGCUCAUUGUUAAAGGAGUGGAUGAACUGAAAGUUGAAGAAGAAGGACAAGAUGGAAAUGAUGAAAAUGCUGAAGUUGAUGGGAAAAAAAAGAAAAAGAAAAGCAAGAAAAAAAAAGCUGGGAAUGAGGAUGGGAAACAACAAACAGUGCCUCCAUCAGUUCCUAUAGCAGAGUUGUUCCCAAGUGGAAAUUAUCCUGUGGGAGAAAUUAUUGAAUAUCCAAUCAAUCAAGAUGACCGAACUGCUAUGAAUCGAAUGACCAAUGCAGAAAAGAAAAUGUUAGAUUUGUCAAGUAGUCAUUUAUAUGAAGACAUGAGAUUAGCUGCUGAAGCUCACAGACAGACGAGAAAAUACAUGAAAUCGAUAAUAAAACCUGGGAUGGCUAUGUUUGAUAUUUGUGAAGAACUAGAAAGUACAGCCCGUAAACUGAUUAAAGAAAAUGGUUUAGAAGCUGGUCUGGCAUUCCCCACUGGCUGUUCGCUUAACCAUUGUGCAGCUCACUACACUCCCAAUGCUGGGGACACCACAGUGCUGAGUUACGAUGACGUUUGUAAAAUUGACUUUGGCACUCACAUAAAUGGUCACCUUGUUGAUUGUGCCUUCACUCUUACCUUCAACCCAAAGUAUGACAAUUUGUUGUUAGCUGUUAAGGAAGCCACCAAUGCUGGUAUUCGUGCAUCUGGCAUAGAUGUCAGGCUAUGCGAUGUGGGUGAAGAAAUUCAGGAGGUGAUGGAAUCUUAUGAAGUAGAACUGGAUGGAAAAACUUAUCAAGUUAAACCAAUCAGGAAUCUAAAUGGGCACUCAGUUGGUCACUAUAGAGUCCAUGGAGGGAAAACAGUACCUAUUGUUAAAGGAGGAGAAGCUACCAAAAUGGAGGAAGGUGAAGUGUAUGCCAUUGAAACUUUUGGCAGCACUGGUAAAGGUCAUGUCCAUGAUGACAUGGAAGUUUCCCAUUACAUGAAAAAUUUUGAAGUUGGACAUGUUCCUCUCAGAUUGGCUAAAUCCAAACAACUUCUGAAUGUCAUCAAUCAGAACUUUGGCACCUUGGCUUUCUGUCGCCGCUGGCUGGAUCGUCUGGGACAAACUAAAUAUCUGAUGGCCUUGAAAAAUCUCUGUGAUGUUGGCAUUGUUGAUCCUUACCCACCACUCUGUGACCAGAAAGGCUGCUACACUGCACAGUAUGAACACACUAUCAUACUGAGGCCUACAUGUAAAGAAGUGGUCACCCGGGGAGAUGACUAUUAGCUUAAAUCACUUGGGUUUACUGCAAUUCCCUAAGCUGCUCAGUGGAACAGUCCGGUUUAUUUUGUCUGACACCACAAUGUGAUUAAACACAUUUCAAGAUAAAGAGAUCUUCAACUUGUUAUUUGUAGAAUAUGAUUAGGAUCAUAACUCCAGAUAUUUUCAAUCUAAAAUGUAUAACUUCCACUGUAAAUUUAGGAGACCAAAUCUGCCAUAGCCCCUUUUCAAGUAACAUCUAUUCAUAAUAUAAUCAGACAUUAAUCAUUAACAUUUAUUAGUUUUAAAAAAAUAAUAAAAAAGUUGACACAAAAUAGCUUCCCUAAUAAUACAUUUCAAUUUUAAUAUAUUUCUGUUAACACUCGUACAUUGAUGUUGUAAUUGGCCUCCAGUUUAUAUUUAUUGUUUGAUAUCAAUUAUUAAAAAAAAAAAAUUAUUGUUUAAACUUUUUUUUUUAAAUCUUAAAUUUCUUCAGAUUAAAAAAACAUUUCUCUGAACAUUUAAAACAUAACAGCUAAAUCUAAAAGUAACAAAAAUCAAUCUUAAGUUCACUCAUUGUAGACACCCUGUGGAUGAUGUAAAUAUAUAAUCUCUAUACAUCCUGCUAAUGUAACCCUUUGUGAAUCCUCUCUCCUUGCUAUGUUUUAUACUGACAAACGGGUUUUGGUUUUCAGUGGCUUGUAUAUACUUUUUCUUUAGAUUUCUAGGACAUUGAAUAUUGUAAUGUCAUGCUUGUUGUGUUAUGAAACUUAAACUGUCGGAAACAUCUGUGCUUUUUGGUUCCUCACAUUGAUUUUAAUUUGCCAGGAUUUACAAAGGGUUAAAUGUGAUGAAGAAACCAUUAAAAUUUAUUGAAAAAAAAAA